UAUAAUCAAUCAAUUAUCAGGGGAGGUUAUAUAAUGGCACAAGAAGCGGCAGAACGUGAGGACAAGGCAAGGAGUCAAGGAGAGAGAUAGAGGCAUCUUCUAUUCACAAGAUACGCGGCUGCCAUGGCGAGAACCCUCUUUGGUUUCGUCGCCGCCGCCGCGCUCCUCCUCGCCGUCUUCAUGCCGGCCCUCGCCGCCGCGCAGGCCCCCGCGCCGGCGCCCACCAGCGACGCGUCCUCGGUCGACCAGGGCGUUGCCUACUUUCUGAUGAUCCUGGCGCUGGUGCUCACCUACCUCAUCCACCCGUUGGACGCCUCCUCCCCGUACAAGCUCUUCUGAGCCUGUACAUGCGCAGAGGCUUCUCAUUCUUUUGUUCAUCUUUCUGUUGUCCGUCGAUCGAUAAGCUAGUGGAUUCUUGAGAGAUUGGUUGUGUGAGAUUCGAUUUGAAUUCAUUAAUUUGUUGCUCCUGUACUCUGGUGGAUUCGCACGCACGCGUGCAUAUUUUUGUUCCAAUGCUCCUCAGGUCUGUUGCCACUAA